ACCUGAUUAAAAAAAUAAAGAAAGAAAGAAAGAAAAACUAGUGAGACCUAAUCGAAAACCAGACAGAAUAUUUUUUUGCUGCGAGUUAAAAGCGUUAGGGUGUGGUGUGUGAUGACGAUGAAACGCUGGUAUUAGCCUCCAUUCUCUCACUUUGAAAUUCCAAAACAAAUAGUUGUUGAUGAUUUGUCAACAUGAAUAAGUUGUUAGACUUUGGGAGGAAGGCCCUCUUUUAUGUCAGGGUUCUUUCUGGAUAUGAAGAGCGAAGAAUACGGUCUUACAGGCUGCAGCUUGAGCAACGUGUACAGCAGGCACGAGCAAGGAAAGCAGCCAUAAAUAAAGUACCUGAGCAGGUUAUUUUAUCCGAGGUUCGUCGAAUGGUUGAAGAGAUGCAAGCUUUGAAUAAGAAGCUGGAAGAAACGGAGGCAGCCAUUGAAGACUAUUUCAAACCUUUAGACAAGGAAGCUGAGAUUAUAAUGAAAAUGCAACUACAAGGGGAAGAGAGAACUUCAGAGAUGUUGAUGAAGACACUGGAGAAACAAGCCUUGCUUCAACAAGCUGAAGCAGAAAAAAAGGCAGGUAUGCAUCAAGUUCAUAACUCUGAAGCCAACCUGACUGAAUCUGAGUUGAUGGAAGAAGAGAAAACUUUGAAGGGGAUGUUGAAAGAAAUGCAGCAACAAGUUUUGCUUGAGAAAGCAGAUGCAGAAAAUUCUGAAAAUGUGCAUGAAGCAGACAAGUCUCAUAUCAAUCUGACCCCAGCAUCUACCACCACUUCUAAAUGAAGCUGAGGUUAUAUAAUUUUGAAACAUUGAUGAUUCCUGAUUUUGAGCUUUGAAAUGCAUUUCAGCUUGGCUCUGAAAUGUCAAUCAUCCUUGAAUUGGUGAAUUCAACUAAUCAAGGUAGGACUAGGGUAUAUUUGUAGUUUAUUUGUAUCACUUAUUUUUAUUCAAUAAAAUUUUCGUCUUUUGAGACAUGGUCAGAUAGAAAA